CUUGUAAUUUUUUCUCCAGACCUUAAAGCCAUUUCAACGUCGUUCAAGGUUCAACCAACUUGCAAUAUAUUAUAUUAUAACUAUCGUGUUAUAAUUGGAAUACAAUUUUGGUAUCAUGGCGCACAAUGGCCCAGAGGAUUCCAAAUCAGACGACGACAGUGACAGCAUUUCUUCAUUGUCUGGUGAUUCAGUUAGUACAAAUUAUGAUGGCUCAAAUACAGAUUGUGGUAAGAGUGACAUCGAAGACAGCGUUGUACCAACAACCAUUACUGACAAAAAUGAAAUAGAAAACAAUAAGAAAAUAGCAGCGUUUGUCAAAAAAGUAAUGUAUAAUGAAGUACUCAAUAAGAAGUCGGAAUGGCAUCUAUGCUUAUUGAAUCGGUCGGUCAACAUUUCUUUACAAGAGCUUCAAAACAUGAUCUUAAAAAAAUCUGCUGAAGUCAUGACCAUGCAUGGCAAAUCACAUAUUGCAGGACAAUUGAGUAAUAUACUUGCUUAUAAAGCUCGACAACGCUUAUAUUUUAAAAAAUUUAAGAAAUUAUUUAGCCGUAUAAAUACCGUAAGUUCCAGAUUGGAACUCUUGGAUAGAGUACCUAAAGAUAAAGUUCAAUAUGUUAGAAAUGUUGGAACGGAUGUGAAAUUCCCCCCAAAAAAUAAAAAUUGUAGUGUCCACUGCCGGUACUAAGCUAAGAAACCACUGAUUACUAAUUUGUAAUAAGUUUGUUUUUAUAACUUUUUUUGCUUUAAAUAUUAAUUGUAUUAUUCUAUGACUAAUAUUCAUUUUCUUAUAAAACAGAAAUAUAAUUCAUCAUCAU